GCCAGAAACCAUUAAUGAAUUAUCUGAGGAAGAGAUCGUUCAUUUUAAUGUUGGUGGCUGGUGUUUCUCAGUUCCUAAAAGCAAAGUGGCCCAGUUUCCAGAUUCCCUGCUCUGGAAAGAGGCCUCAACCUUGACUGAGAAUGAAAACCCAAGACUAUUUAUUGACCGAGAUGGAUACACCUUCAGACACGUCCAUUAUUAUUUGCACACGUCCAAACUGUCUUUCUCUAGCUGUGCUGAACUGAACCUUUUGUAUGAACAGGCACUGUUCUUGCAGCUAAUACCUCUUUUGCAGACUUUGGACAAUUUGAAGGAAGGAAAACACAACUUGCGCAUCCGACCUGCUGAUAUACCAAUAGCUGAAAGAGCAUCUAUGAAUUACUGGAGAACACGGAAAUGUAUAAGCAAGCCACCAGAAUUUCCUCUGAAAAGUCCAGCAUUUACUGGCUUACAUGAGAAAGCUCCUCUUGGAUUAAUGGACACACCAUUAUUAGAUACUGAAGAAGAAGUGCAUUACUGUUUUCUACCACUCAGCUUGGUUGAAAGAUACCCUUCCCUGGUUAAUGAUGACAAUUUACUCUGGCUGUCUGACAAUUCCGUUCUGAUAGAAUGUGAAGGCAGUGAGUUCCGCUUCAUAGCUAAUUUUCUACGUUCAGGGAAGAUUAUUUUGCCUGACAACUUCUCCAACAUGGAAGCUCUGGAAGCUGAAGCUGAAGCAUUGGGAAUCCCUGAGCUUAUGGAAGCAAUGAAGAUCUAUAGGAGUCAACCAGAGGCCCACCCAGAGGGAACUCCCCGUUCGCAAGGCUCUGUGAAAAGCACAAUACAAAAGCAGCAGAAAGCAGCUAGCCUCCCCUUGUAUCCAAUGGUGCUUGGUCUCUUAGUCAAAUAUCCUGAUUCAGCUUUGGGACAGCUCCAUGUGGAGAACACCCUGGAUGGGAACAAGCUCUACAUAUCAGGAAACGGAGUUCUCUUUCAACAUGUCAUGAAUUGGUUAGGCACUUCCAAGCUCCCUCUGACCCGGAGUAUGUCUGAGCUUCUUGAACUCUGCUCCUAUUUGGAUCAAAUGGACAUCACUUAUCAGCCCAUGAAGGAUGCUUUGAAAACAUAUCUAAAACAAAAGACACCUAGAGAUACCAUGGGAAAAUAUGCAGACUGGACAGCAGAAAUUGAGGUCUUUUCACUCCAUCACAUUGUCAAAGUGUAUGUGGGAAGCCACUGGUAUGCGACAUACUUGCAAACAUUAUUGAAGUUUCCAGAGCUACUGUUGAAUUACAAUAAAGCAUAUUGGAUUGUUCAUGGUCAGAGUCUCUUCAUCUAUGGAGAUGGACAAAUGUUUCGACACAUCCUCAACUUCCUUAGGCUUGGCAAGCUCUUCUUGCCCUCAGAAUUUAAAGAAUGGCCUCUUCUGUGCCAGGAAGUGGUAGAGUAUCAGAUCCCUUCUCUUGUGGAAGCCCUUUCCCAGUGUGACACAUACAGAACAUGGCUAAAACAACGAGAAGCUCACAGUGAAAGUUUUCCAUUUAGAAGCCUUGAACCUGCGGUGUCAGAGAAGGAGAAAGGAUCUGGUAAAGACCCUCAAGAUAUACAGCACUCUUAUAUUGCCAUGAAUGUAAACCAAUGUGCUAAUAAUUGGAGCAGAGUCAGAGAAGCAGAAGAUGCAGAAGAGAGCGACCAGGAGAAGGACAGAUACACACGCAUUUCUCCAGUCAAGGGAGCAAAGCGGAGAAACAGCUGGGAAGGAUACUGUCAGGUCACAGAUGUGAGGGAAAAUUCUUGUGGGCACACACAGCCAGGGAGCCCCCCAAGGAAAAAAGGGGCAAAAGGCAAUUUACCGAAGAAGUCUGACUGCAAAGACACUCCUAUCCAGAGGCUCAUUUCUCUGGUGCAGGGCUGGGAUAUGGCAAAUCGCAAACACUAUGAAGCCUCGCAGGUGCCUACAUCUGUUGGAGAGCCUUCUUGCAAAAAUCCUGAAAGGAUGGCUCCCUUCAAGCUGCUGCCAGCCAGUCCCGCAAGGUUUACCACUCCUGAACAACCUGGUAAUGGCCUUGUUCUCAGAGCUGCACCAAGAGUUCAACAAUACUUGACCAACAGUGGCCAGUGCUUUCCAGGCACCCCAGCUACAGGGGGAUGGCUGCUCAGGGCUGGUGGACCAAGCAUUCUGGAACAGAUCUGUCCAGUCAAGAAGCUGAGUAGCCAGCCAGAGAGAGAGGAAGCAACAUUCUCUGAACCAGUCAAGAAGGUCAUUGAUGAGCCAUGGAGUGCUGGAUUGAUUCUUAAAGUUGAACACCCUCCAAUUGUGGCUGGUGAUGGUUCAUGCAUGUCUCAUGUAGACAGCACCCUCUACAGCACAUGCCAGGAAGGUAUCCAGCUGGCCAGUGCACAGACACAAGUGGUGGCCAAAGAUAUCGUCUUUCUGAGCUUCCCAUUGUCUCAAGAAGAGAUCUUUUAUGCCCGGAUGUGCCACUGCUUUCUCACAGAUGUCAUCUUGGACUCUAUAAGGCAGAAGGAUCCUAAGGAAAUUACUGCCCAAGUGGAGUUCUUUGUACAGAGGUUGUGGACCCUGCAGAUCACAGUGAAGGAGUUUGUGGCCAACUUACUGAAUGUGGCACCUUUUAAAGCCAAGAGUCAUACCUGUGAGAUGUUGUUGAAAUGGCUUGAGUUUACACUGCCAUUUGCCUGGAAGUACAGUUGCUGCAUUGGCCAGCUGAUAAGAAAAGGGUACUUUAAAUCAGUCUCUCAUGUUGUUUUAGGAAAAUAUUUAUACAAGUCUUAAUAAAGCCU